AUGAACAGACUUUACAUUCUGGCCUUCGUGGCAUUUCUUGUGAACGGAAGGACGGACGGAGCGGCCACACAACCGCCCUCCAAUUGUGGCUCGAACCCCGCCGACAUAGUGUUUUUGCUGGAUUCAUCUGGAUCCGUCGGGGACGCGAACUUUAAGAAGCAGCUAGACUUUGUGGGGCAUUUUGCCCAGACGUUUGACAUCGGGCCCCGGAACACCCAGAUCGGCGUGGUAACGUUCGCUACGAACCCACACAACGAGUUCAACCUCAAUACCUACAGUGACAAACAUGACCUCACGCAAGCCAUCCAUGGUAUCCACUACAUAUCUGGCGGAACCCGCACUGACCGCGCCCUCAAGUAUGUGGAGGCGAACAGUUUCACCCACGCCGCCGGCGACAGAGCGGGAGUCGCCAACAUCCUCAUUGUUAUGACAGACGGCAAGUCGAACGUGCCGGUGGAAACCGUCAAAGAGGCUGCAAGCAUUCAUAGUCACUUGAACGCUAAGAUUUUCGCGAUCGGUAUUGGAUCCGGCGUGGACAAAGCAGAGUUGCAGACGAUCGCCACGGACAGCCAUCACGUGUUCGAAGUGAGCAGUUUCGAUGCCCUCAACACCCUACAGGCCGAGUUGAAGAGAACAGCGUGCAGAAUUGACGGAGCUUGGACAACGUGGGGAUCAUACUCCCCGUGCACAAAGUCCUGCGGAAGCGGCACUCAGUUCCGUGAGCGCUCCUGCACCAACCCGCGCCCGGCUAACGGCGGAGCAGACUGUACCGGAAACGCCAGAGAGAAUCACGCGUGUAACACGGCCGCCUGCCCAACGGCACCUCCACCGACAACCACGGUUCAGACGCUCCCUCCAGCCACAAUGGCUACUGGUUGUGUUGAGCCCGCGGACAUUGUGUUCAUCUUGGACGCUUCCGGGAGCGUCGGGGCUUCGAACUUCCAGAAAAUGCUGGGCUUUGUCAACACCCUGGUAGACGGGUUCCCGAUCGGCCCCACCCAGACUCACAUCGGACUGCUGACCUUUGACACGAAGGUCUACAACCAGUUCCAUCUUAACAAGUACAACGACAAGACCGCCAUCAAGAACGCAGUUACAAGCACUCAGUACACAUCUGGCACAACGCACACGGCUGAGGCGAUCAAGUACGCCCGGGAGACGUCCUUCUCCGCCGCCAACGGCAUGAGGGCCAAUGUCGCCAAGGUCGCUAUCAUCGUCACUGACGGCAAAUCCAACAACGCCGCUGCCACCGCUUCAGAGGCAGCCAGCCUGCGCGCACAUGGUAUCACCGUGUUUGCGGUAGGUGUUGGGGCUGGCGCCCAACAGAGCGAGCUGAAUUCAAUGGCAACGGACCCGGACAGCUCCCACGUGUUCCAAGUGGACAAUUUCAACAACCUCGCCAACAUCAAGGCCUCGCUGUCACACCAGGCGUGUGAAGUCAAAGUGGUAACGUUGCCGCCGACGACGCCUGCUCCGAAGGCGGACUGCCAAGCCCAGGCGGACAUUAUGUUCCUGCUGGACUCUUCCGGUUCCGUGGGCUCCCCCAACUUCCAGACAAUGAAGGGCUUUGUCCACGACAUGAUGAACAGCUUCAACAUCGGGCCUAACGCCGUCCAGGUGGGCGUGGACACGUUCCAGACGAGCGUCAAGGCAGAGUUCUACAUGAACACGUACCAAGACCGCACGAGCGUCCAACAGGCCAUCAACAACAUCGCUUAUCACUCCGGCUUGACCCACACUGGCGAGGCUCUCCGAUUCAUGCACACUGACAGUUUCUCCGCCGCGCACGGUGACAGAGCCAAUGUACCCAACAUCGCCAUCGUGGUCACUGACGGACAGUCAAACAACCCGACCCUCACGGCUGCGGAAGCGAAGGCGGCCAGGGACGCCGGCAUAACCAUCCUUGCCAUCGGUGUCGGCCACGGUGUGGAGCGGUCGGAGCUCAACGAGAUCGCUUCUGACCCAGACAGUACCCACGUUUUUACUGCCGACUCGUUUUCUGCCCUGAGCUCCUUGAAUGCCCUCCUGUCUACAAAAGCGUGUGAAGUAUCGAAACCUCAUGCACAGCCGCAUACCGCCCCUAACUGUGCGGCCAAGGCCGACGUCGCUUUCAUUCUCGAUUCUUCCGGAAGUAUUGGUGCCACCAACUACCAAAAAAUGCUCCAGUUCGUUCGUGACGUCACAUCUAAGUUUGACGUCGGUCCAGACAAGGUGCGCAUUGCAACGGAGAUUUUCAGCGACAGAACAUUCCCACAAUUUAAUCUGAACAGGUAUACGACCCAGCAGCAGGUGGACCAGGCCAUCGCCAACAUCCCGUACAAGCAGGGAACCACCAACACGGGACAGGCUCUCCAUGACGCCUACACCACGAUAUUCAACCAGAACAACGGUGACCGUCCUGGCAUACCCAACAUCGCCAUCGUAGUUACAGACGGACGGUCGACAAACCGACCUAACACUCUGGCUGAGGCACAGAAACUUCGCAACUCUGGCGUUCAGGUGUUUGCUGUCGGUGUAGGUGGCGGUGUGGAUACGUCGGAGCUAAACGCAAUCGCGAGCGACCCGGACAGUUCCCAUGUGCUUACCGUGCAGGAUUUCAGCCAGCUUGCCUCGAUCACCGCCUCCCUCAACAGCCAGGCAUGCGCCGCGAUCCCCCCAACUGGCCAGACAGUGAUGACAACGAUUCCUCCGCACGCAUGCCAGGACAACUUGCCAAACUGCAAAGCGUAUGACUUACCCGGGGUGUGCACGAGCUACGCCGAGUGGUCGCACAGCAACUGCGCUGCAAGCUGUGGCUUUUGUCCCCAGGUUGGGGUGACGGCUCCCCCGCCGUGUCUGGACAAGCUGGUGGACUGUAACCAAUACCCAGUCACUUCCUGUACUGGCCAGUAUGAGCCCUGGGCGCGCGAAAACUGCAAGCGAUACUGCGGAUACUGCCAGAUCAACAAUCAACAGGUCGUCACUACAGGGUUCUUCGGAGGAUGCUACUACAAUGGGAAGUCGUACACUCAAGGCCAGACCUGGGACGACGGUUGUAUGUACGAAUGUACCUGUGACGAUGCAACUAUGGGCAAAUAUAGCUGCUACAACAAGUGUCCUAUUUACUACAAUAUGCCACCCCAGUGUACGCUGGUGAAGAAGAGCGGCGGCUGUUGUUUAGAGCCCGUCUGCCAGUUCAAGGGAACCCACCUUACAACCAACGGCCAGUCAACCGGAACAUACAAUGGAAUGGCUGUAUGUAUGUACAAAAGCAUUCCAUACUACCAGGGCCAGACAUGGCAGGACGGCUGUGACAAGACCUGCUACUGCCAGGACGCCGAGGUCGGACUGUACACCUGCCAGUCGGUCUGCGCCCACUACGACUCUGUGCCAUCGGAAUGCCACUUGGAGACACAGGCCGGCAAGUGCUGUGCGGAACCGGUUUGCACCUUCAACAAACAAUAUGGCCACUUCAUUGGAACAGGAACGGUUUCCGGCAAGGGAACAGGGGCCCUUCAAGUGACAACGCCGGUGCCAUGUACCGAUAAGAUUCCUAACUGUGCGUCCUAUGGCCAGGCAACAUGCGCCGAUGCGAACUAUGUGGCCUGGGCACAUGAUCAGUGUACCCAUUACUGCGGAUUCUGUGAUGGAACACCGACCCCGGGACCAAACGACGUGUGCAUAUACAACGGCGUGGCCUACCACCAAGGCCAGCGAUGGGACGACGGAUGUGAACUGGAAUGUGUAUGCGAUAACGCCGCCUAUGGAUUCUACAGAUGUCAGAAAAAGUGCGCUGAUGUCGUCAAUCUUCCCCUGGGAUGCUCGCUGGUGAAGAACACCGGCGACUGUUGCUCCACGAUCCAGUGCACGGGUAACACCGGCACGUUCACGAGCUCCCAAACCAUCACCGGAACCAUCGGUGGCAACCCGGCCCCGCAGCCAGGAGGCACGGCGACCGGAAACCCAGGAAGCAUGAUAACUGGAGCGCUCAGCGGUUGUCUGUACAAGGGAGCGUUGUACCAGGUUGGUCGUCGCUGGGACGACGGAUGCUCUUACACGUGUGUGUGCGCGGAUGGAUCUACCGGGCAGUAUAAAUGUUCACCCAAGUGCCCUACAUUCGGCACACUUCCCACGGGAUGCUCCCUUCGGUCUAACCCGAAUGACCCGUGCUGUCAGCAGCCCGUCUGUCCCGUCGGAACUGUCACCUCCAAUGGUCAGCCCGUGGUCAUCGUGCCUACCUAUGGCAAUGCAUUCACAGGAUAUGGUCAGCCGGUGAUGCCCCAAGCCGGCACCCAGACUUCCGGUAUGAACACUACCCCCGCCCCAGGUAGCGGCGGCACAGGCACCGUCAUUACCGGAAGUGGUCGCGGAUGUGUGUACAAGAGUAACACGUACGGACAAGGCGCCACCUGGGACGAUGGCUGUCAGUAUCGAUGUGAGUGUCUUGACGCUACCGCCGGACAGUACAGGUGUACCGAAAGGUGCCCGGCGUACGUGAACCUGCCUCCCCAGUGCAGCCUACAGACGGAUCCACACGACCACUGCUGCAAGACAGUCCACUGUGACUACAAUAUGGUCGUCACCACGCCCGCCCCCAUCUUCGCCGUCACCACACCGCCCACUGGAGAUGCCCUGUGUCACUACAAGGGCCUGUAUUACCGACAGGGCGAGUCCUGGUAUGACGGAUGUGGACUCCAGUGCCGCUGUGAGGACGCCCUGAACCACUACUACCAGUGCACGGACAGGUGCCCCAAGUACACCAACGUGCCUUCCACGUGCACAUUCGUCGCCGACCCCAAGGACCCACAGUGUUGCCGGGUACCACAGUGUCAGAACGCCGGCGGAAAUGUAGGAACAACGGGAUUUGUUGGCGCCUUCACCGGAUAUGGCCACCCAACCAGCAUCAUAUCUGGGCAGAUCAGCCAUACCAGUUACAACAGCAAAUGUCUGUACAAGGGUCAGGUGUACGCCCAGGGCGCCACGUGGCAGGACGGCUGCGACUACGACUGUGAAUGUGUUGACGCCAGCAAGGGAAUGUACAGGUGUAAUGAGAGAUGCGCAAGAAUCGCGUCCGUACCAACUGGCUGUUCUUUCGGCCAGGACCCACGCGACGCGUGUUGCCAGGUACUGAAGUGUGACGCGGCCCAGACGUUCGGCACGUGCCAGGACAAGGUCAACUGCCAAUCGUACGGCAGUUACGUAUGUGGACAGCAGUAUGAAGGAUGGGCGAGGGAGAACUGCGGAAAAUUCUGUGGCUACUGCGGUGGCGGUACCAACCCAUACUUGGCGACGGCGCCACCUAGCGGCGCAUGCGUGGACGCGAUCCCGAACUGUGCCCAAUACGAUGUCAGUGUGUGCACGGACGCCCAGUACCGUCCAUGGGCCGUCGCCAAUUGCCCAAAACACUGCAACAUGUGUGGAGGCACUGGUACUGGUACGGGAACUGGCACUGGUACUGGUACGGGAACUAGCACUGGUACAGGUACGGGAACUGGUACCGGUACAGGAACUGGCACUAUCACAGGAACUGGGUCUGGUAGCUGUAUGGACAAGUUAUCCAACUGCGCUGCCUUCACUCAAGAUGCGUGCACGGGAUUGUACGAGGAUUGGGCACGUGAAAACUGCGCACACUACUGUAACCUCUGUCCAGCGACGGGUUCUGGUGGUGUAAUAACCGGAUCCGGUACCGCGGCACCGGGCACUGGGACAGGGACGGGAACGGGAACCGUUGGCGGUUGCGUAUUUAAGGGUCGGUAUUACGGAGCUGGUGACCAUUGGUAUGACGGCUGUGACUACAACUGUACAUGUGAGAACGGACAGACGGGCUUCUACAGGUGUGGAGAUAGGUGUCCCACGUAUAAUUUGGCGGCGGGCUGCGUAUUGAGGACGGUUGCUGAACAGUGUUGCGGUGUACCGGACUGCACGGGAGCCACGGGCACAGGGACAGGCACCAUGACCGGUCAGACGACCGGCUGUUACUACAAGAACAACGUGUAUACGCAGAGCCAGACGUGGAGGGACGGGUGCGACUAUAAAUGUGAAUGUGUCGACGCCUCGAUGGGACGAUACAGAUGCACUGCUCUAUGUGUGGUGUGGAACCUUCCCCCGACCUGCCACUUGGACGCUCCAGCCCCCGGAAAGUGCUGCCAGACUCCCAACUGCCCUUCAGAUGUCGUCCUAAGUUACCCACCAGGCUAUACGGUGGAAUAAGAAACGCUUCACGACGUUUUCAAGACGUUCGGUCACCUUUAUAAAGUUUUUCUUGUACAAAAGUUAUGAGUUUUAAUUGUCUGAGAUUUUUCUUGAAAUAUUUGUUCAUUGUGUUUUGUAAAUAAAUUACAAGAUGUUGAAAUGUU